UUGCAGCUGUAUGCUACAUGGUCAGUGAUGAUCCGUUAUGUGUAGUUGUAUGUGCCCAAAGGUAAAAGAAGAAGUGAAUUUCAUUGAGUGUGAAAAUAUGGCGGGGAGAAAGAAAAUGUCAGAAGAUUUUGAAGCCAAUACUAUGGAUUCUCUGGUAGAUAUGCCACUUGCUACUAUAGAUAUUAAAGAUGAUUGUGGAAUCACUGAUGUACCUCAAGUAAAUUUGGAAAGAAGUGAAGAAAAUGAAUAUAAAGAUCAAAUAAGGAAGAAGAAAAAAAAGUACAAAGACUAUCAACCAAACUAUUUCCUAUCCAUUCCAAUCACCAACAAAGAGGUUACAAAAGGAAUUAAGAUCCUGCAGAAUGCAGUAAUACAACAAGAUAAGCGCCUGGCCAAGGCAAUGACCGGUGAUGGUUCCUUUCAUAUUACCCUGUUGGUGAUGAAGUUAAAUGACGAUGAAGUAAACAUUGGUAUUGAUGCUCUUUUGGAAUUAAAACCAUUCAUAGAAGAAAUCCUUCAAGGAAAGCACUUGAUUUUGCCCUUUGAAGGGGUUGACACGUUUGGAAAUCAGGUUGGAUUUGUGAAGCUGGCAGAAGGAGAUCACAUGAACCCACUUUUGGAAAUUGCAGAGGCUGCAAAAAGGACAUUUCAAGAAAAAGGCAUCUUGGCAGGAGAAAGCAGAAGUUUUAAGCCUCAUUUGACCUUCAUGAAAUUGUCCCAAGUACCAUGGCUCCGGAAGGCGGGAGUGAAAAAAAUAGACCCCAAAUUCUAUGAAAAAUUUAUCAGUCACAGAUUUGGAGAAGAAAUGCUACACCGCAUUGAUCUUUGUUCCAUGCUGAAGAAAAAGCAAAGUAAUGGUUAUUAUCACUGUGAGUCUUCAAUUGUGAUUGGCAAGAGACCUAUUGGAAUCCGAGACUUAAUUAAUGAAGCUUUGCAGAGAGAAAGGAUGGUUCUGAAGUCCAAAGUGAAACAGAUAAAAGAACUUUUAUUCCAGCCUGAGACUCAGGCCAAAAUUAGAAGGGAGCUUUUUGAAGGAAGAUCCAUUAACAACAAUAAUCAAGAAAACGAUGUUGAUUUCAGUGCAACUUUAACAUGAGUUCUACAUUACUAUCAUGGUACCAUAGUUUAUGAAGCCCUUUCAGCUGACUAAAUGGCUCUUUGGUAAAUACCAAAGAAGUGUUCUGAUAGUGUCUUUACUAUGCACACCAACAUUUGGUAAGGAAUUAACAACUUCUUGCCAAAGAAAACCGAUUCUGCCCUGUUUUUAUUUUUAAAGCUACACUUGUGUUUGGUAUUGUUUGUUUCUAUAAUAUCAAGUUAUUUUAUUAAAAGGACUUUCUUAAUUAGCUGUUGUAAAAUGUCUUGGGGUCUUCACAGAUAAAAUAUGCAGACUGUGAAAAAUCAUUUAUAGAAAAAAAAGACAAUAUUUUAAGGGUCACUUGCUUCCUGUUGACAUAAAUUUUGUUGUAGUAGCAGAUCAAAAGAAGUACUGUCCACAUGUGACUAUAUCUAGUGUUACUUUUAGUGAGAAUUUGAAUGUUUAUUGAAUACUGCCACUAGUACUUGAAUGAACAUUUACAAAUGUAAUUAUUGCAAUCACUGGUUAAGAACGUGUUAUAAUAUCCAUAUGCAUUAUUUUUCAAUGAUCAAAAUGUAGUAUGCCUUUUCAUUUCUUAAUGAAUAAAUGUUUGGGAUUUUUAUUUUCUACUUUUCUGAAGAUAAGCCCAGGUCUUACAUAUCCGUUAGAAUUUGAAUUUGUUUGCACUGAUUUAUUUUUAAAGAAAAUUCUUGAAAAAUUUCCCCUUGUAUGAUAAUCAUUGGUAACAGCUUUUUCUAUGGUCAUUGUAAAAUUGCUGCAACUAAGAGAGCAUGAUGGAGGGGGAAAUCAUUGGAGAUCAAAUAUGUAAUCAUUUCAAAUAUAAAAUCCAGUUGACUCCUGGAUUUUAGCUAUUUUUUCACUGGGUAAAUUAUACUACAUUUAUUUAUAAAUGAGUUUUUGCAUUUUCAUGCUUCUUAAUAAAUGUAUUGUUU